GAAAAUAUUUACAUUUUCGCAUACUUAUCUAGUCAGUUUUGAAAUCAGACAACAAGUCGUUGCAUCUUAUCCUUCAUAUUGGCACUCGUACACAAGCAGCAACAUUUUAUAAAACUCACAACGGUAAUUUAGAAAGGAUAUGAUCGCGACAAAUUGCCAAGAACAAAGAGAGACAGAAAUUGUCCAGAAGGGAAUAACAGCAACCAACGUUCUAUAUCUCGGAUGCAAAGUAUUGCACAGUGACGCAAGCCAGGGAACGCUCCACGAGAUCUACGACGAAUCUAUUGGCAAGCUUGGCAUAUUUUCUUCAUCAAAACCUCAGGGUACAUCGGUUACACUUAGGGUAGAUGGUGCUUCUGUAUCAGUGCACGAGUGCGAAAAGGGUGUGAGCUCUACGGGUGACUUAAUGCAAACACAUGCGAUCAACAAUGUUCGAAAUACGGUCAGCGCUAAAGUCAAGAAUCUGUUUGGGGGAGUUAUAAAUGACAAUGGAAGGUUAGUUUUACACGCAUAUCUCACCCGUUGUCGUACUCAGGUUCAGGAUCUCGAUAUGAUAUGCGUUAUGGCCUUCAAACAGUCUGCCAAACUAGAGAGGCUACGCCGAAGCGCGGUGACGGACACUGUUAGUAUGCCUGGUGUAUCCACUAUUGCAUGAUCUCAAUAUUGUAUACGUCUAAAAGAAAUAUGGCAAAAAAAUCACACUAAAAUGGUCAAUAAUAACUCUAUAA